GUUUCGUCUUGAUUUAGUUGUCUUUUUAGAGAGAGGAGAGUGAUUUAUUACUCAUGCUAAUAAGAAGCACUUUAAAUAGAGAAUUCUUUGUAGUUGUUUUUGACUGGUGAUUUUUUCUAGUUUUUAAUUAUAUUAAUUAUAUUUCUAUAUAGUAUUACUCGGGUGUUUUUUACUGGGAAACUAUAUUAAGCCUUAAAAAUUGACGGCUAAUCCUAACCCUACCCAUACCCUAACCCUGAAACUACAAUAAUGGCAUCAUUUGUGUGGAAGCGGCAAAAUUAUGCAAUCAUCCUUUAAUAGUGAAAGAGUAUGUAUUAUAAGUAAAAAUUCAUUCAAACGUCUUUAUUAAUAUGUUUUCUUUUAUCUUAUUGUAGUGAACAAAUGAUGGGUCUUGUCUCAAGAGCUGGUCUUGCAAAAAUACCUUGGUCAUCUUUUUGUGCAGUUGGAUCAACAUUUUCUUCCAAAGUUAUUCGAAAUUUAACAACACCAUCGAGUGAAAAAACAUCUGAUAGCAGCUCCUCAUACAAAUUUGUUGUUCUGGGUGGAGGUACUGGUGGAUUGAGUAUGGCAUCUUAUCUAUCACGGAAAUAUCCUCAUCAAGUUGCAGUGGUUGAGCCAGAGAAGUGGCAUUACUACCAAUCGAUGUGGACAUUGGUGGGUGCUGGUCUUAAAUCCAAGGAUCAAACUAUGAAAUCUAUGUCACAAGUCAUGCCACCCCAAGCAAAAUGGAUGCAAGAAAAAGUUUCAAACAUUAAUGCUGACGAAAAUUUUAUUGUUACAGAAUCAGGUCACAAAGUUAAAUAUGAUUUUCUAAUUGUGGCGCUUGGAUUGCAACUUCAUUUUGAAAAGAUUCCUGGCCUUGUUGAAGCACUUGACACACACCAUGUAUCAAGCAAUUACUCAAUCAAUACAGUGGGUGGUACGUUUAACAAGCUGCAGAAAUUUUCUGGUGGCAAUGCAUUGUUCACUGUUCCAACUACACCGGUAAAAUGUUUAGGUGCACCACAGAAGAUUAUGUAUUUAGCUGAAGAAAUAUUCACAGAGAAUGGAGUUCGGGAUAAUGCUAACAUAACAUUUAAAACUCCUGCUGGAACACUCUUUGGUGUUGAGAAGUACAGGAACUCGUUAUUGCAAGUUUGCAAGGACAGAAAUAUAAACAUUGAUCUGCACUGCAAUUUGAUUUCAAUUGACCCAGUCAACAGAAAGGCCAUAUUUGAGCAUGUCAAUGAUGAAAGUACACCGAAAAAAACAGAGACAGUAGAUUAUAACUUCAUGCAUGUGACUCCUCCAAUGGGCCCAGUGGAUGUUUUGAAGUCGUCUUCUAUUGUUGAUGCUACUGGAUUUGUUGAUGUUGAUCCAGAAACCCUUCAACAUGUCAAAUACUCCAACAUAUUUUCUAUUGGUGAUUGCUCGAAUUUAGCAGUGAGUAAAACGGCUGCUGCUGCUGCAUCACAAUCUGGUGUUCUUCGAAAAAAUAUAACGAGUGCUCUUAAUGGCAAGGAAUUGACUGCUAAGUACAAUGGCUAUACAUCGUGUCCUCUAGUGACGAGAUCAAAUAAAUGUAUUUUGGCUGAAUUUGAUUAUUCUGGAUUGCCACGAGAAACCUUUCCAAUUGAUCAAGGAAGGGAACAAGCGUCUAUGUAUUUUAUGAAGGCAAAUGUUAUGCCAGAAAUAUAUUGGAACUUCAUGUUGAAGGGAAAAUGGUCUGGACCUGAAAGGUUUCGCAGGCUCAUGCAUCUUGGAAUGGUUUAAAAGAAUAACAGUGUUUUUUAAAGUACAAACUUGUAGUGUGAAUGUAUUAAUUUUUAGUUUAACUGGUAGACUUAGAAUUAGUUGUAGUACAUAUAAUGUAUUUUUUAAGUUGUUUAUUUCCAUGUAGCAAAAAUAUCUCUCAAAUAACCUCUCCAAAGCUUUAAGUGAGAAAGUAAAAAAAUUAUCCUAAAUUUCUAACAAUUAUUCUCAAAAAUUAAAAAACUUUUUGUAUAUACAUUUCUUAUUCUUUUAUAUUCAUAGUAUGCGCAUUUAUGUUUGAAUAGUAUUUCGUCACUAUCUUAAUGUCAUUUGUAUAGUUUGCAUAAAUUUUUUGUUUUUUCUCAUAAAUAUACUUAUAAAUAUACAUUGUUUAUUUUGGUUGAACACCCAGUGUCGUAGCAGGCACCCAAAUUUUCUUUGGGAACCAAUCAAGUCAAAUCAUAAUUACUAUUGUAUGAGGACUCACAAUGGUUAGUGCAGAUGCCUAUCUUAAUUACCUACAAUGGCUGAAAACACAUUCUCUGCAUUUUUCUCAUCCAUAUUAAGUAUGAUUGAUAAACAAUCUUUAGAGACCACACAUCCCCUAGGUUGCUACUGCCUAGACACAUUUCUUGU